CUGGAAUGUGACACUUCGCCAAGUUAAAAUUACAUAACUCUAUAUUGAUGUUUCAGUUGGAGAUUGCGCGCGCGCGAACUUCCGAGAUCAGAAAGAUUGAACGACACGGCAUGCCACAAAGCCGCUUGAUCAGAUUUCAAUUAAUAAUGGCUUGUUUAAUAAGAGCAAAUUAACCUGGAGAGAUCGACGAAUCAUCUGGAGUAUUUGAAAUUUUUCGCAUGUCAGGUUUUGACAGUGAGCAAACAACAACUUGAGCUCAUUUUACAUGUUCUGCUUGCGCUCGUGAAAUCCAUGAUACACGAGGCACUGUUUCGUUGAAGAGACACUUCCAAGUAUUUAUGAAGCAUGCUCGUCGUUAGCAUUUGUUUUUAACGGUGGCUGAGAACGGAAUGUGAUGGUUGUACGUGAUAUGCCGCCGACGGAAAGUAAAGACAUGGAUGAUUCUCGCGAACAAAUUAACGGCUUUCUUCCCGCGGGAGUCGCUGAAGUCCCGAAAGAUGAACUGCAACGAUAUCUGAAAUGCAAGCGUAUUGGAAACUACCUUCUCGGCAAAACCAUCGGCGAAGGAUCGUUUGCCAGAGUAAAGCAAGGAUUUCACGUGUUGACUGGAGAAAAGGUCGCUGUGAAGAUAAUAGACAAGAAGCAAGCUCAUCAAGAUAAAUAUGUCGCUAAAAAUAUGCGGCGAGAGGCGAAAAUCAUGCAGAUGAUACGACAUCCUAAUAUUGUUCAACUACUGGAGGUGGUGGAAACAGAGCACAGGUAUUACUUGAUCACAGAGCUUGCAGCAGGAGGGGAUCUCAUGGAUUACAUCUGUUACCGAAGAAAACUUGGCGAGGUAGAAGUCAGGAAGUUUAUUCGACAAACUGUGUCCGCUGUGCAUUACCUUCACCAGGGAGGGAUUCUCCACAGGGACUUGAAAGUUGAAAAUCUUCUUUUAGACGAUGAUUACAACAUCAAGAUUAUAGAUUUUGGACUCAGCAACACUCUUUUUGUCUCUUCGCCGGACGGACAAUCUACCAGGGAGCAUCUCAAGACCCAAUGCGGGUCCCCAGCGUAUGCGGCCCCAGAGAUCCUGGGACACAAACCGUACGGGCCUGAGGUGGACGUGUGGAGCAUUGGGGUCAACAUGUAUGCAAUGCUGACCGGAAAACUUCCCUACACCGCCGAACCUUUCCACAUCACUACUCUCUACAACAAAAUGAAAAGAAAUGAAAUGAAUCCUAUUCCGGAUCACCUGUCAUCCUCAUGUAAAGACCUCAUCCAGCGUUUUCUCACGUUUGACCGAGAGGAACGAAUAACACUCGAAGAUGCGCUCGGACACGAGUGGCUGCAAAAGGGAUUCGACGGUCCCGUGAUCCCGAUCAUGUUCCCGAAUUAUCCGCGGGAUGAAGAGCUGGACAAAAAUAUACUGCGGCACAUGGUGGCCAAGAUGGAUUCAAAGCACCAGGAAAUAGUUGAAGCUGUGACACAAAACCGGUCCACCGCGACAUCAACUGUGUACCAUCUUCUAAAAAGGAAACUAAGACGGUACUACAUCAAGCAUCCUAGAAAAGCUGAACGCACCAUGAACGACGUAACGCGCAAUUCCGAGUUCGAGACGAACAAUUCCGAGUCCGUUCGGAACUCGCGAGGUGCUUCACAAGAUAAGGAAAAUAAAAAUGCGAUUAAAAAGAGAGCUGAAUGCAAAGCUGCGACAGUAAAGGCGUGUGAUUUUAACGAUAAACAGGAAAGUACUUCGAAUGAAUCAGGUUUGGAGACGAAGAACUUAACGGUUCCCGCUGGUCGGAAAGAGCUUCAUUCUCUAAGCCAAGAAAAUUUGUCCAAACUUGACGGGGAUCUUUUAGAAAAUGCCCGCAAUAUUCAAGGAGAUAUGAUAUCCGAGAAGUUAGAAAGCGAAACCGAUAGAGAUGCUUCUGGCGAGCAAAAAGACCGAACUUGUAGCGUUUUAAGUGACGCGGGCAUUGAAAUUUCCCGAAAGACGUCUUGCAACUAUUCUUCAGUGGAAGUUGCGGGGGUGAAUGGUCGGAAGUUAUCCAUGAACCUGUCGCAUAUUUUGAUCGAAAGCAAAGCUACGGUCGACAAAGAAUCCACUGAGCAAAAUGAACAGGAAAGGAAGGAAAAUACGGUAAACACCCGCGUAGGGUCUCCUCGACGUGUUAUUGAGACGAAACACGCCGGGUCCUCGCCCAGACAUUCACGAGCCAACACGCCAUCGAUAGGCAAAGUGUCUCUCAUAAAUGCAAAGAUCAUUUCCAUCCCGUUACAGCAAAUGAAACUGGAUUCACCCGACAAGGUCAAUUUUAACCACAGAAGAUUUUCUCUUCCGCAUUCCUACUUUCCGUCUAGGAGCCCGGGAGCAAAUCAGCCCAGACAACCGGUUCCCAGUCCAUUCCAUUUCAACACGCCCUCUUCCUAUACGGAGGCAAAGCGAAAGACCAAAGAUCCACCUUCACUGCCCCCCUACGGGCUAUGUUGCCAAUUAACAGCGAUAAAGGCUCAAGACGAGAAAGACGAACUAAUGUUACGUGCUAAUGAAGACCGAUCACGUGAUCAUGCUCAGUACAAUGCACCAGAUACUAGGCAUGCGCAAACCUGGAGGAAUGUUUAUUGCUCACCGUCCGCCGACAAACGGCUUCCUAGUCAACGGCAUUCAAUUGCUACAACGGGAGGCAAAGAACUACUCAAGAGUAUAAACAAUACUUUGGGUCGGCUUGUGGAAAUACAAGAUAAGGCGGAGCUCUCCAAGACCCCUGAAAGUUUGUUGUUGAGAUCUCGCUUGCCACCUGCGACACUAAAUUCCCCUCUGAAACAUGACGCGUCGAUGGAAGGCGUCAAAUUAUCUUUGAUACAGGAACACGGAGAACGUGUCAAGGAAAGGCACAACUCUGCUCUGAAGAUAAGUUGUAGCGUGAAGGACACUCAUUCGCCUAAGCCUCCAUCUCGAUCAUCUUCAACUGGAGUUUUAAACCUUGAAUCGAGCUCCACAAAAGAGCAAGCUAAUAGAGAGAAGCAAACCAAAGGAGGGAAAGUAGAAAAAGGAGCUAGAAGGCGAAGGCGAAGGACAUUAGAAAUCAAGAUCCCGCCAGAAACAAACGACAGCAUUUCACCGUCAAAGCACGAGGAGAGCACGUGUUCAAAACGUGGACAUUCACGUGACAAUAGGAAUGACCCUGUGCACGAUAGGAAUGAUGCGCACAGUGGGCGUGGAUCACGUGAUUCCUUAGAAGAGGUCAUUUGAAAAGUCGACUUGUUCAAGACUUGAAACACGUGACUAUCCAAUAGUAAUAUGCGACCAUAGAUAAUGUUUAUCUUCAUUCAUAUUGCUUGGCUUCCCGAGAUAUCCUGUAACUAUAAGAUAAACACAUGGAGUGUCUGAGGCUUGUCUUACUGUUGUUGUCAGGUUAGACACACGCACUUUACCAGUCCGUCAAGACUCCGUUAUGUAUUGCGUAAUUAAAACGUAACACAUGCUUUUGUGAGUUUCGAAGCUGAGCGCGAGGCGAGCGCGCGAGACCAAUGCAAGUUACACGCAGUGGGGAGACAUAACUCACCGCCCGCGUUUUCCAUUCCUUUAACAUAGCAGGAUAAGAUGUCAGCAACAAUAUUUUAUCACACAGAGACAAGAUUUUCUAUAUUUAUAACGAGAGUAAGAAAAGCCUCUAGUCAGUGUGCCGUUUUGUUAAAUAUGAAUUAAUAAAUAAACAAAUACGUAUAAUAUUAAGAAAUAAUUAGAAAUUUUAUUACCUGAAUAUCAAGUAAUUUCAAUAUGAGAACUAUCAAUAAUUUAAUUAAUAAUGUAUCAUAAAAAAUGUAUUUUUCUAACACAUUCUUAUCUUUAAUUGUGUAGAAAUCAAAUUGUUAAUUUGUUAGCCUUUUUGCACAUUGCUGUCUUGUCUAUUCCCAAGACUAAUGCACAUAGAAUACAGGCAAUUAAAAACCAGCAGGUGUUGAGUA